AAUGAAACUUUACUGAAGUCGAUUGCGAUCCAGACACGACGAGUAGUUUUUGAAUAUACACAAGCAUAUAUUGAAUCUAGUGUGCCUAUACAAGAAAAUCUAUUUUUCCAAAACGUAACACUUAGUGCCAUGUGGAAAGAAAAAUCAUUUAGUAUAUUCUCUAUGAUCAAUAAUUUCUUUUAUAAGAAAAAUGUUCUAUACAACUCUAUUUUUGAGGAAGCGAUAAAAUUGUAUUCUAUCACUAAGAAUACAUCAAGUGAUACAUUUAAUGAACAGUCCAUUCUUGAUAUUCUAUGGGAAAAUGUACGUGUUGUGCCGGCCGUACAUAAAAAUAUUCGUUUAGAAACUAUAAAUAUAAAAAAUGUGAUAACGUCUUGGAUAACACAACAUGGUUAUCCUGUGGUACAAGUAACACGAGACAAUGACGCACAGUUUCUCACAAUAAAAGUUAUAGACUGUAUCGCAGUAAAUCAAAAGGAAUUGUGUGAACACAAGUGGUGGAUACCUAUAAUCUAUGUAACAAUAUCAAAAAAUAAGUCUAUUACACACCAUUACUCGUACCUUGACCAAGAAAGAAAAGAUAUCGUUGUUUCGAAUAUUGAGGAAGAUGAUUUUAUCGUGAUCACAGAGCAAAAUGGAUAUCGCGUUAACUAUGAUUAUAAAUUUUGGGAAAAGUUUGGUUUCCUUCUGAAAAAUGGAAAGCCACAAAAUUGGGAUAUAUAUGAAGUAUCUGACGUCACUUUAGCCCAAAUUCUCGACGAUGCCUUUUAUUUUUUAAUACAAAAUACAAAGUACAACAAACAUUCUGUUGCAGGAAUGAGUAGUAUAGACACAUUUUUCAAUCUUGCGGACAAUGUACUUUACGUGAAAAAUGGGUACAUAACAUGGUAUCCAAUAUUUAAUGCUCUUCAAUAUGUAUCACAACUUUUUCCGUUUCCAGAAAGCGCAAAAAUCAAGGAUAGAGCACUAGAAAUUUUGAAUAAAUUUCUUGAAGAUACAUCACAUAUAAAUGUUUCCGAGAAUAGCAUUGAUACUCAAUUAUAUCACGAAGUUUUAAAAUGGACAUGUAUUCUUAAUAGUUUAAGGUGCAACAAACACCUUAUUGAUAUAUUAGAGUGGCAUUUACACAAUCCUGCACAAAACAAAUUGUUGGUAAGUUGGAAGAGAUGGAUAUAUUGCCAAAGUGUAACAUUAGGAAUUAUAAAUGAUUUUAUGUUGUUGCAUACAAUACGAAACAUUUAUUUGUCACAAGAAAAGCAAAACAAAUUUUUUCACCUUUUAUCUUGUCGUGGACACAAUUACACAGUAGAAGUGCGUUAUGCACAAGAACAUCAUUUAGGAAAAGAAAGUGAUUUUGUUAACCUUCUUUUUGAUAUUGUUGCACGGCAUGUAAAAAAGUUCUCUUCACUGGAUAUUAUAAUAAGACAAAUACAAGAUAAAUUCUUAAGACCGGUUGGCCUACUUGCAGUUGUGAAUUUUAGUAUUAACCACAUAUAUUCAGAUGAAGAUUCCGAAACGAUUGCUAAGACUGUACUACUACUGGUUACAACUUUGAUUAACAAAUAUAAUCUAAAAACGCAAUUAUUUAUACGCGACAUCAUUAUGAAGAAAAUGCUGAAGCGUCGAACCAGUGUACGAAUCAAGAAAAUACACAUUCGAGAUGUAUCUCAUUAUUUACUACACUAUUAAUCACAUGAUGAUUUUAACAAGUUUUUUUGUAUAAACAUAUGUUUUUUAAUUUAUAUAGAAAUUGGUAUCUAUGUAUUGCUGUUAAUAUCAAAGUUAUUCUUGUAUACCAAGAGUUAAUUUAUUUUAUGACACAAAAAAGCAUUUAUGAAUUAUGUUUAAAAUGUAGCUUUUACAGACUUUAAUACAUUUAAUAAUUCGCAAAGUGAUCAUAAAAUAAAAUCGAAUCUGUGGUACAAGAAAUACUACUAUUACACUAUAUUUCAUUUUACACAACUGCGCGACUAAGUAUACAUUUAAGGUUAAUUGCUCACAAGUGAAUAUAUAAAACACACAUUAUACAAAAAAACACAUUGUGUAGGUAUUCAGAUAACAUUUUGCGAGUAACAUCGUAUUCCAGUGCGUCGUCAUAUGAACAGCAUCUAAUAUAACAAGUAAAUCUAGACAGAAGUUUGUACGUUAAUAUGUUGUCAUCAUACACAAGAACGACUUAUUCAUCCUAAGUAUAUAAUACACCGUCAAAUUAAGAGUAAAAAAUACAAUAUGUUAGCAAUUUGCUCGUUAUUUGUUGGUAUAUUGGAUGAGUAUUAGAUAGGUUCUUGUGCGCAAUAUGCACGUGUGUGCGCGAUGAAAUAUGUUCAUAAACAAAAUUCAGACAAAUCACAUAUAAGAUUUACAUAUUUAACGCGCGCAAACCGUGCACGCAAAAAUUAUUAUCUGGAUAUAUAAAACUAUGAAAUGUAUAAAACAGAAGCAAUCUAUAUCAAACAGUAGUAUGUAUGAUAUAUAAAAUGAUAUAUGAUACUCGUAAUAAUUUCUUUG